UCCAAAGCCAGAGCCAUGUCGACGUCCUCUGCAGCCCACACCUUCUCCCCGGCGCCGCCCGCCCUCCCGCUCCCGCAACGCGUGCGCCCGGCGAGGUGCUCGGGCUUCGUGGGGCCGGCGGUGGAGUCCGCCGCCCCCGCCGCGAGGGCCGUGACCCUCAGCAGCAGCCGCGGCGGGGCCGACUCGUCCCUGCCCAUAUGCCGGGUGCUCAACGGGAUGUGGCAGACCAGCGGCGGCUGGGGCCGCAUCGACCGCGCCGACGCCGUCGACGCCAUGCUCGCCUACGCCGACAGCGGGCUGUCCACCUUCGACAUGGCCGACCACUAUGGACCGGCCGAGGAUCUGUAUGGCAUGUUCAUCAACAGGGUUCGGCGUGAGCGCCCGGCCGAGAUGCUCGAAGAAGUCAAGGGGCUCACCAAGUGGGUGCCGCCACCGGUUAAGAUGACGAGAAGCUAUGUCGAGGAGAACAUCAACAGGUCUCGCAAGAGGAUGGACGUCGCUGCACUGGACAUGUUACAGUUCCACUGGUGGGACUACUCAAAUCCUGGAUACCUAGAUGCACUGAAGCACAUGACAGACCUAAAAGAGGAAGGCAAGAUCAAGACUGUAGCUCUGACAAACUUCGAUACGGAGAGGCUGCAAAUAAUUCUUGAAAAUGGCAUACCGAUUGUCAGCAACCAGGUUCAACAUUCUAUCGUCGAUAUGCUGAUAUUGUUGUUGUUGGUGUUGGGGGUAGACCAUUGACUACCCUCUUCAAAGGCCAAGUUGCUGAGGACAAAGGUGGAAUCAAGACUGAUGCUUCUUUUGAAACAAGUGUCCCUGGAGUGUAUGCCGUUGGUGAUGUGGCCACCUUCCCCAUGAAGAUUUACAAUGAUGUCAGGAGAGUGGAGCAUGUUGACCAUUCUAGG